UUCAGUGCAGCGGUCAAACACUGGACCUGUCCUCUGUCCUCUUCUUCUUCUUCAGCACACACACACACACACACACACACACACACUGAUAAACUGAGUCAGACUCACAUCCAAUGGAGGCUUGAACUCACUCAGCUGAUGAUGACAUCUGAUCAUAAAAUGUGCAGAAUUCUGCUGUGGGAUGAUGGAUAGUCAACACGGAAGAACUGUUAAUAUGGCCUCGAGUGAAGCUGAUAAUUCUCCGUGUGAUGAGGAGCCUCAGCCUGGAGACCUGAUCGAGAUCUUCAGACCGGCUUAUCAGCACUGGGCUCUUUACCUGGGAGACGGGUACAUCAUCAACCUCACACCUGUCGAUGAGAGUCAAGCCGCAGCUGUGUCCAGUGUGAAGUCUGUGUUCAGCCGGAAGGCUGUGGUCCGCAUGCAGCUCCUGAAGGAGGUCGUGGGAGGAGAUUCAUACCGGAUCAAUAAUAAAUAUGAUGACAGUCACACGCCGCUGGCCGUGUCGGAGAUCAUUGAGAGAGCGCAGCUUCUCAUUGGACAGGAGGUGUCAUAUGACCUGCUGGGAAGCAACUGUGAGCACUUCGUCACUCUCCUGCGCUACGGGGAGGGAGUCUCUGAGCAGGCGUCACGGGCCAUAGGUGCCAUCAGUUUAGUGACGGCCGCAGCGAGUGCUUUCUCAGUGCUGGGACUGAUCAACACACGCUCCAGAAACAGACCCUUCUAGAGCCACUCCAGAUCCAGCUGAGCUUUUCAUUGAGUCUGAAUGUCCUCCGUACUCAGGAUUCUUUGGCUGAAAAGUUGUGUUAAAAUGAAAAAUUAACCUUUGCUGUGAUAACUUGACAUAGUAUCCAAAGAAUGGAUAUUAAAACGGUAGUAAACUAGGAUUUCGCCUGUAAAAACAUAUUUUUUACAUUUAAUAUCAAUUAUUUUUAUUUAUAGUUACAAUUUUUCCAAAGUGUGUUUUAUUAAUUUAUUGUUACAUUUUAGACCAUGUUACUAAGUUGUGUUACAAUGCAAUGCACUUUUGCUGUGACUUUAUCUGGAACUCACGUCAUAAAAUAAAAAUAUAGCUUGCCUGAAUAAAGUAAUUUUGAAAAUUU